AUUUUACCGUAUUAAGAGCGCUAAAGCAAUCAUGCAUGUACAGAAGACUGAAGCCCCCAGUCUUGUGCCACACUCGUCUGCCUCAACAACUACAACACAACAAAGGAAUCACCAUCAAGCUCAGACCUUUCACUGCUUUUCUUCUCACUUUGUAAGAAUUAGACUAACCCUUUUGUUUAAAUUCAUCUUCUUUCAUCGAAAUCUCUUGUAUCUUCUUCAAUUCUUCAAAUCUCAUUUCAUUAGCUCAAGAAAGAAAAAAAAUAUAUGACAAAUACAAAAAGGUUAAGAGCUAGUUCACGAUCUGGGUCUUCUUUAAAGUUCCCCAAUUUUGCUUAUUUCAUUCCCAAUUUGUACUGAAACUCUUUUGUUAAAAUUAGGGUUAGUGCCUCUUUCAUGUUUUAGGGCUCGUAUACUAUGGUAGCCAACUAAAUUAGAGAUUUUUAAGGUUUUGGGGUCUUCUUAUUAGUUUAUCAUGUGUUACUCGUGAGAUGGACUGUUAAAGGAUGUUAAAGGCGUCCUGGUUUUAGAUUUGUUUUCUGGUUAAAGAUAGUUAUGUCAAUGAACAAUAAUAACCCACCUAAGAACCUUGGGGCCUCUUCCUCGCCCUUUGGUAAUGCUGGUAUGGUUCCCUCAUCCAUGGGACAAAAUCCCAACUUUCCCCAAUCACAAGGUCAACCUCAAAUCCCAGCUGGCUUUCAAGGACAAUAUCAGUUAUCCCAAUCACAAGCACAGGCUAUAGCCCAUGCACAGUCAAAAGCUCAGGCCCAUGCCCAAGCUCAGGUUCAAGCAGCUCAUGCUCAAUUCCAAGCUCAGUUGCAAGCUCAGGGUCUAUCCCUUAACCAGAACCAAGGGAUUGUGAACAUGGGCUCUUCUUCACCUAACCUUUCGACGCCAGGUAGUUUAGGUAUGAAAAGAAUGCCUCAGAAACCUCCUGUACGCCCUCCUGGUUUUUCGCCUCCAAACAUGAUGGCGCCUAUGAGAACAAUGGAACUCACGCCUGCAGCUCGUAGAAAGAAGCAGAAGCUUCCCGAGAAGCAGUUACAAGAUAAAGUAGCAGCCAUUCUGCCCGAAUCUGCUCUGUAUACUCAGCUUCUUGAGUUCGAGAGUCGUGUUGAUGCUGCUCUUACCAGAAAGAAAGUUGACAUCCAAGAGGCUCUUAAAACCCCGCCUUGCAUUCAAAAAACCCUUCGCAUUUACGUGUUCAACACUUUUGCAAAUCAGAUCCGUACCAUACCAAAAAAGCCUAAUGCAGAGCCUCCAACUUGGUCUCUAAAGAUAGUUGGGCGGAUCUUGGAAGAUGGAAUAGAUCCUGAUCAGCCUGGUGCUGUUCAGAAAACAAACCCCUUGUACCCGAAGUUCUCAGCUUUCUUCAAAAGAGUAACUAUUUCGCUUGACCAGAGACUUUACCCUGACAAUCACAUCAUAGUAUGGGAAAAUGCUCGAGCGCCAGCCCCUCACGAAGGAUUUGAGGUGAAGAGAAAGGGGGAUAAAGAAUUUAGUGCGAAUAUACGGUUGGAAAUGAACUACAUUCCUGAGAAGUUUAAGCUAUCACAACCUUUAGUGGAAGUUCUCGGUGUUGAAGUUGAUACCCGCCCAAGAAUAAUUGCUGCUAUUUGGCAGUAUGUGAAGGCAAGAAAGUUGCAGAACCCACAUGACCCUUCAUAUUUUAAUUGCGAUCCGCCUCUUCAGAAAGUUUUUGGGGAAGAGAAGAUGAAAUUUACUAUGGUUUCUCAGAAGGUCUCUCAGCAUUUGUUCCCUCCACAACCAAUUCAUUUGGAGCAUAAGAUAAAACUUUCAGGAAAUAGUCCUGUGGGAAGUGCUUGUUAUGAUGUGUUGGUUGAUGUUCCUUUCCCAAUUCAGAGAGAAUUGUCUGUUCUUUUGGCCAACUCAGAAAAGAGCAAGGAAAUCGACGCCUGUGAUGAAGCCAUAUGUGGAGCAAUUAGAAAAAUCCUCGAGCACCGCAGGAGGCGGGCUUUUUUCCUUGGGUUUAGUCAGUCACCGGUGGAAUUUAUCAACGCUUUAAUAGAAUCCCAAAGCAAGGAUCUGAAGCUUGUAGCUGGAGAAGGAAGUCGAAGUGCUGAAAAGGAGCGUCGGUCAGAUUUCUUCAACCAGCCAUGGGUUGAAGAUGCUGUUAUCCGUUACUUGAAUCGCAAGCCAAUUACCGGAAGUGAUGCCCCUGGAAGUGCAUGAAAUGGGAUUCUUGAGCUCAGUCUCAGUUUCAGCCUCAGCCAAAGAUGGCUUAGUAGCAAUUAGCAUCCUCAAUGCAAUUUUUUGUGUAGGAAUGGAGAAAUGUAAUGAAGAUAUAUUGCUUCUGAGUUGGGUAUGAUUUAUGUACAAAUAGAGUAUAAUAGUGUUUUUAAUGUAUGCUUGAUUUGUAAUUUAGUUUGCUUCAGACCCAUAUUCUGUGUAUUUCAAUUAAGUUAUGGCUUUGAUAAAUUUCCAUUGGAUUAUCAAUCAAUCAACCACGCAAGUCUUUCCUAUUCC